ACUCCGCGCGCCGGCGAUGACGACGACGGCGAGGAGCAUCGUGGGGGAGAAGGUGAUCCUAGUCCCGUAUAUGAAGGAGCAUGUGCCGAGGUACCAUCAAUGGAUGCAAGACCCUGACCUUCUCGCCGCCACUGCCUCCGAUCCCCUCACUCUCGACGAGGAGUACCAAAUGCACUACUCUUGGACCCAAGACCCGAAAAAGCAUACUUUCAUUGUGCUUGACAAGGAUUUGCUGCGAGGGGAAUUCAUUGAAGGAGACCCUCACGAUGAAGCUAUGGUUGGUGAUGUAAAUAUAUAUAUGAAUGAUCCUGAUGACUUACAGUUAGCAGAGAUUGAAAUAAUGAUAGCUGAACUUGAAAGUCGUGGCAAGGGUCUUGGAAAAGAAUCAAUCUUGAUGAUGAUGUCAUUUGCAAUUCAGAAUUAUGGAAUCCACACAUUCCGUGCAAAAAUUGGAGAGACAAAUAAAUCAUCACUCAAUCUCUUCCAAAAAUUGGGUUUUCAAGAUGUUUCCUAUAGUGACGCUUUUAAGGAGGUAACACUGGAAUUGCCAGUAACAGAGCUUUCUCUUGGGGAGCUGCCAGCUUCAACAGGAAUUUCUCAUGUUAUUAAAGAUUUACACAAUCAACAGCUGGUUGAUGAGAGUGUUGCUUGCUUAACAGGUGAUGAUUGUGGGAUAUACUGGAAGACCCAGUUUGAUUGUUGAAGACCAUAACAUUCAAGUUUGUAAGAAACUGGUAUUGAUUAUUGUAACCCAGCAUUUCAUAUGUAUGGUUCUGUCAAAAUUUCGCUGCUAAAGUGGCGAUAGGAAUCUAACACUGAAUUUCCAUUUAAAUAAUUGUUGAAGUUUUGAAGGACUCAUGAAAGCAAGCUGUAGAUGGGUGAUAUUCU